CUGUGGGACAGUGGAGGGAGUGACAUUGGCCUAACGGAGCUGAAGCAGGGAGGGCUGCAGAGUUAGGGAUCGUGUGAAAAAUGCCAAACGCAUGGGAACUUUAAAGGCGCGGAGUAUCUUCAUUUUCAGAAGAUGGGCCAUUCUUGGAACAAGCAUUACCAUCCAUAACCACAGCAGGAAAAAACCCCACUUUAGUGUGCAUAAUGAGAGGUGGUGUUGUUACCCACCAUGUCCUGUCUUGGUACCGUCAAAUAGAAGGGAAGGAAAUCCAGUUCCUCGUGAGUCACAGAGAAAAUAGCAGCCCAACAUAUGGAUCUGGAGUGGCAGAGAGGUUUAUUCCUGAAGUUGAGCCAUUAUCUAAUGCAUUUAAGUUGACUAUUGGCAAUGUAGAGAAUUCAGAUGAAGGAACCUACUACUGUGCUGUAUGGUUCUCCUAUAAAUACAUCUUUGGAGAAGGCACAGUGGUCAGAGUACAAGUCUUUAAGGAUACACAGAGACCACAAAUGACCCUUUUAGGACCAUCUCUGGUGGAAAUGAAGCUUUACCGCAGUGCCACUUUUCUCUGUCACGCUGCAAGGUACUCACCUAAUGCUUUGCGUAUAAAGUGGCACCUAAAUAAUCAGUCCUCGCAACACAGAUCCUACACCUACCCAGCAAUUCAGACUUCCAGCAACACUUUUGAUCAAACUGCAGAAGUGUCAAUACCAGCUGCAUUAUGGGACCAAGGAGUUGAGGUGACAUGCAUAUUAGAACAUGAGACAGGUGUGCAGCAUUUAACCACAAGAGCUAAUAACAAAAAACAAAGAGAUUGUAAACCAGAGAGAUCCACACAUGAUGGCAUGAAGCAUGCUAGAAAUGAAACAGAAGUAAAUCCAGCAAUUUUUGGGGGUAUGCCACUACAUAUUAUUUUUUUAUAAAUCUUCUUUUAUAGAUAGAAGGUAUGUUUCCCAUGACAAGA